UGGUUGCUCCUCCUCCUCAGCUAAGGCUCCGGCGCGGGCGGGCACUAUGCGCAGACUCGGCCCUUGGCUCAAGAUGGCGGCGGCGGAUAAACAGAAGCACGAGCACGGGCGGGUGAAGAUCGGGCAUUAUAUUCUGGGCGACACGCUCGGCGUCGGCACCUUCGGCAAAGUCAAGGUUGGCAAACAUGAGUUAACUGGGCAUAAAGUUGCGGUGAAGAUCCUGAAUCGACAGAAGAUUCGCAGCCUUGAUGUUGUAGGAAAAAUCCGCAGGGAGAUUCAGAACCUCAAACUCUUCAGGCAUCCUCAUAUAAUUAAGCUGUACCAGGUGAUCAGUACGCCAACUGACAUUUUCAUGGUAAUGGAAUAUGUUUCAGGAGGAGAACUGUUUGAUUAUAUCUGUAAAAAUGGAAGGCUGGAUGAGAAGGAGAGUAGACGUUUGUUCCAGCAAAUCCUUUCUGGCGUGGAUUACUGUCACAGGCAUAUGGUAGUACAUAGAGAUCUGAAGCCCGAAAAUGUACUGCUUGAUGCACACAUGAAUGCCAAGAUAGCUGACUUUGGUCUAUCAAAUAUGAUGUCAGAUGGAGAAUUUUUAAGAACAAGCUGUGGUUCCCCGAACUAUGCUGCACCAGAAGUAAUUUCAGGAAGAUUAUAUGCAGGUCCAGAGGUAGAUAUUUGGAGCAGUGGGGUUAUUCUCUAUGCUUUGUUAUGUGGAACACUUCCAUUUGAUGAUGAUCAUGUGCCAACCCUUUUUAAGAAGAUAUGUGAUGGUAUCUUUUAUACCCCUCAGUAUCUGAAUCCGUCUGUAAUCAGUCUUUUGAAGCACAUGCUGCAAGUGGAUCCAAUGAAGAGAGCAACAAUCAGAGACAUUAGAGAACAUGAAUGGUUUAAGCUGGACCUUCCGAAAUAUUUGUUUCCUGAAGAUCCGUCAUAUAGCUCUACCAUGAUUGAUGAUGAAGCCUUAAAAGAAGUGUGUGAGAAGUUUGAAUGCACUGAAGAGGAAGUGCUGAGUUGUCUAUACAGCCGAAAUCAUCAGGAUCCUUUAGCAGUUGCUUAUCACCUUAUUAUAGAUAAUAGAAGAAUAAUGAAUGAAGCCAAAGACUUCUAUUUGGCUACAAGCCCUCCAGAUUCUUUUCUUGAUGAUCACCAUCUGUCUCGCCCUCAUCCUGAAAGAGUACCAUUUCUAGUAGCUGAAGCACCACGUCCUCGCCAUACUCUUGAUGAGCUGAAUCCACAGAAGUCAAAGCACCAAGGUGUAAGGAGAGCUAAGUGGCACUUGGGAAUACGAAGUCAGAGUCGACCAAAUGAUAUCAUGGCUGAAGUUUGUCGAGCAAUUAAACAACUGGAUUAUGAAUGGAAGGUUGUAAACCCAUACUAUCUACGUGUUCGAAGGAAGAAUCCAGUUACCAGUGCAUAUUCCAAAAUGAGUCUACAGUUGUAUCAGGUGGACAGCAGGACAUACUUGCUGGACUUCCGUAGCAUUGAUGAUGAAAUCACUGAAGCAAAGUCUGGGACUGCAACUCCACAGAGGUCAGGUUCUGUGAGCAACUACAGAUCCUGUCAAAAAGAUUCAGAUGCUGAUGCGCAAGGAAAAUCUGCAGAUACAUCCCUUACCUCAUCAGUGAAUUCAUCGCUUGACUCUUCUACAGCUGAAUUAACUCCAAGGCCAGGGAGUCAUACAAUAGAGUUUUUUGAGAUGUGUGCAAAUCUUAUUAAAAUACUUGCACAGUAAUCUUGAAGAUGGGCUUAUUUGUUUUACAGCAAUAAGCAUGCCUAAAUCAUAGCCACAUGCUUCCAGUUAUAAUCAAGUUAAAUUUACUAAGGCGCUGAAAAAGCUAGCCGCAGAAUGCAGUUUGCACAGGAAUUGAAAUGAUUAUGGGCAGUUCACAUAUAUUUGAAGCUGGAGUGAAUUCUGAUUGUCUGCUGUCCAGUAGCAGAGGUGCAGGAAGUCACAUGCCCUUGGGGCAGCAUUUGUAACAAUUUACAUUGAGUGCACGUUAGGCUGCAUAUAACAUUUAAGUUAGAUGGACUUUGUUUUUUGUUUUCACUGGUAAUACAUACACCUGAUGCACUGUAAGUAAAUGUACACUUACUAGUUCAGUGACCUGAGUGUGACUUGUUGGUCACCAGCCACAGUUGUGACUCAGUUGGUCAGAACUAUCAAUAUCUUCUAAGAGUAAUGUGUUAAAACUGCUGUCUUCCUCCCCCCCUUACUUGACAGUAAAUGAUAAAGAACUGUUUAAUGCAUUACAGUGUACUACUUUUAACAAUGGGUAAAUUUGAUUAAAUGCAUGCAGGUCCUGCCAGUUGGAAACACAUGUAGGUGCUCUGUAAUGCACUAAGGAUAAAAUUCUGUGGGCUGUGAGUAGAACAGAAAUAUCAAAUAUAUAUAGUUUGCAAAAGCUGUUUAUGUAUAUAUAAAGAUUUUAAAAAGCCAAGAUUUAGAAGCUAUACUGAGUCCACAACAAUGGCGAGAGACUUAAUGCUGAGAAGACUUGACACCGUUGAUAGGGUGACUAUACGAUAGACUUAAUAGGCUAAAACACAGUGUUGCCCUGUCAUUGAGAAUGGUUUGAUCUGUGCAUAUAACUUAGGGUGGCAGCAGCUCCCCACUGCUACUGCAGGCUCAGAAUCCUGAUCCUUAGUAACAUUUGCAUGUAGUUAAGAGCACACCCUACAGGCUGUUGUGUGCUAGUCCAGAAUCUGAAAUUGAUGUUUAAAAAAAAUGUGUUAGUACUUCGAUACAGCUCUUUGUCACAUGUUAACUUAGCAUAUACUAUUUAGAAUUCACUUUGCAGUUGAAACUACAUAUAUAGGUUAGGUUUUCCUGCGCCACAUCUAUAGCAAACUUUGCUAUUUAAAUUAAUUGUGAAUAUUGUAACUUUUCUGCUGAAUAUUGAAAACUGAUCAUGACAACUUGAGCACUAAUAUUUAAGAAGUUUUCAAUAGUAGGUUGCGAUUACCUGUAACAUUCUUUUGCAUUUAUGGUUUUUGCAACGUUUCAGGGAGAAAAAAUGAACCUUAUGUUAAAAUCACAACUAGAACUUGCACAAAAACAUGUAGUCUCUUGUAAAUUGGAUAUAAUUAGCCAUAGUUCUAUUUUUAUCUAGCACUAACAGGCAUAAACAAUAAACCGUCUGUCAUAAAAUGUUUAGUUUUGCAUUCAGUGUUCUCUUCAAAACAAGCUUCAUGAUCACUCUCCCAGGGAGAGACUGGAAAUCAAGGCAUUACUGUGAACAGUGAAACCUGGACUCUUAAAAUGCGAUGGGGAUCCUUGCCAGUGACUUGGGGCUUUAUCCAUGGAAAACUACUAGCUACAGCUAUAAGAACAGUUUAAUCCAAGCCCACUGGCUUCAGUCCAGAAGUUCAUCUGUUACAAACAUGCACAGAAACCUGAAGAAACAUAAAGCUGCUUUAAGCCCUGGAACUGCUGUAACUGCGUUCUGGGCAAUUGCGUGGCCUGCCUAGUAUGUAGGUGCAAGUUACAACUUCAGUUCUUUAUCCUCGAAUGUCACGCAUGGUCCCUGUGAUGCAAGGUUGUAUUAUUGUACCUCAAAGAGAAAGAUUUUUCCUUGGAUAAAACUUUAGGUUUAAACUCCCAACAUUGAGAUGUCAACAGGAGGGACCAGCUGCAAAUCCUAUUUCUAAGUCACAUUUUUAGUCUUGUAGGAAUUGGUUCUGAUGUACUUAAUAAAUCAGUGUGUUCAUCUUCUGUUACCCUUUCAUUUUGAAGUUGUUGCAUAUUGCACUUGUACAACUAUAACAAACGCACAGUUUUUUUAAUUGUAGUAAUUCCUCAUCUGGAAUUGGUUUGGGAUCACUCUUGCAUAUGUUUAACCUAAGUAUUUAUACAUGGUAUCUGCCCCAUGUGAUGCUGAUCACAAAUGCAAGGCGUCAAGGUGCAAAAAGCUUUGAUACACUUUUUUUUGGCCCUCUUGUGCGUUAAGGCAGCCAUGGGUUUUCCUUUGUCUUGUUAGCUGGAGGUCUAAGGAAAUCUCUGGCAGAACCAUACUGUAUCUGUAGUUUUUAAUAGAGUAAGUUGUAUUAGUAUGAUAGACCAGUUUUGGUGGCCAGAAGUUUUCUGAUUGAACUAAGAUUUUUUUAUAGGGGAGAAGGGGAGACUGACAACCUCCUUGAACCCAGAACAGUUGUCUGUUGUAUGACUUUCCCAUGAUUUGUAGAUCUUGCUGUUGAAACUGCUUUCUUCACAUGUUCCUACUGAUAUUGCAGACCUUUUUUUAGUGUUGCGCUACUAUCUGCCAAUAGGCUGUGAAGCAAAACUUCUCUAAGAAAGCUGCCAGGGUUGUAAGGAGGCAGCUUAUGCAAAUACACAAAUUGGUCAAGUAGGUUACUCUGUGUUCCCAAGCUUACUCCUGUUGGAGUACCUUGAAUUAUCUUGCCUUUGUAUUGUAAUUUUUUCAAAAGCAUGGAUGAGCCUGACUGUCCAUGUGCAAUAUAACUCACUAGAUAAGGGAUAAAAAUUCAUCUUGCUGGUGCAAUAUUGAAAAAGGAAAAAACUUUCAUGUUUGUCUUGAUAAUGAGUGUUUAAUACAAACCUGGAAAUAAAAUUUAUUUUACCAGUUGAUUACCGUUGUAAGAUAUGAAGUCCUGUUCUUUAAGAAA